AUGAACGAAGGCCUUUCAUUCGCAAAUGGAAACAGUUCCACAUGGCUAUGCUGGCAGAACCUCGAUUUAAACGAAAAAUUUCAAUAAAUCCAAACGGAAAUGCCUGGAGUAAUGAUGAUACUAAAUUUGGCCAGAAGUUGAUGAAGAAAUAUGGAUGGACUGAAGGAAAAGGACUAGGGGUAAAGGAAGAUGGCAAUCCAGAGCAUGUCAAAGUAGAUUUUAAAUUUGGAAAUAAAGGUGUAGGAUACAAACACAAUCACAGUGAUAACUGGAUAGCACAUCAGGAUGACUUCAAUGCCAUCUUGGCCAACUUAAACGAAGGAAGCACAGGGGAGCCAGCCUCUGUAUCCAGCAUAGAGUCUACGUCUAAGAAGUCCAGGAGUCGUGUGCACUACCAGAAGUUUGUUCAGGGGAAGGAUCUGUCCCGAAGAUCAGCCUCAGAUUUAGACUCCAUUUUUGGCGUCCGUAGCAACAAGAAAACCAAGGAGAUGGUGAAAGAGGAUGAUAUAACUGAAGAUAAACCCAAGGAGGACCCUGUAUCUGUUGUCACCUUCAAUAGCACUGAUAGUUUACAGGAAUACUUUGCCAAGAAAAUGGCUGCAAAAAAGGGAGGAAAUCAACAGAAGGAGUUAGAGACUGUUAAUGAGCAAGACUCAGGUGAAAAUGGAUCAACUUUAGAAAAAGAAAAGAAGAAGAAAAAGAAAAGGAAAGCUGACCCUGAAAGUAGUGAAGAGAAGGCAUGUGAGAGAACAGAAGACGAGCAUGUCAUGUUCUCACUGGGAGAUAAUGAAUCAGGUUCAAAAGUCAAGAAAGCAAAGAAAAGUAAGAGUGUAGAAGCAGUUGAAUCUGGCUCAAUGUUUGAUGACAGUAAUAUAGAUGACAGUAAAAAAUUUGUGAAAAAAUCAAAGAAGUCAAAAAGGAAAGGGAAAGAAGAAAGUGUUUCAGCAGAGGAGAAAUCUGUUGAAAUUGUUGAAUCCAAUGAGAUUAAAGAUGACAGUAGUGAGUGUGUGAAAAAAUCAAGAAAGUCCAAGAAGAAAGAAAGGGAGAUUACAGUUCCUUCAGAAGAGAAUGUAAUAUCUGGGGACAAUGAAUGUGCAAAGGAGAGCAAAAAGGAAAAAGUAAAGAAGAGAGGAAAACAAAAAUUGACAGAGGAAAGGGUAGAGACAAUAGAAAAAGUGCCAGUUAAAAGACAGCUAGAAAAUGCUGAUGAGGAAGAGGGGCCCAAGUCAAAGAAAAAGAAGUCUAAACAAGGUGAGUUGGGUAAAAGUGGGACAACUGAUGGUCGGGCAAAGCGAGUGGUGUUUGAUUCUGAGGGAAACUUUGAGCGAGUUCACGAGGUGGAAGACAGUUCUGUAGAGAUACUGAAGGAAAGCUACAUGAAGACUUUCAUGCCUAACUAUACUGAAAAGUUGAAGGCAGGCAGUAAGGUGAAAAGGACUUCAGUGAACAAAACUAAAAAGAAGAUGGUAAAAUCUUUAGCUGAAAAACCUACAGCAAAACUCUCAGUGAAAAAAACACAGAAAAGUAAGACAUUUACAGAAGAGUCCAAACAGACUAUGGCACCCGCAAGAAAUGCAAGGAAAACAUUGCCAAAUAGACAGCUUGAUUUGCUAAAAUCUGUUGGAGAAAACAAAAUGACAAGAAACAGUUCUGGCAGGAAAAAAGUUCCAUUUGAUAGAAAAGCCUCUCCAUCAGCUAGGACUGUAAAAAGAUUAAAUGAGAAAAGGACAGUUCAAAAUACAUUGAAAAAGGAUAAAUCUUUCCUUUCUCGGGAAAAGAAGAGGAAGAUAUUGGAACAAGAUAUGAAAACUAAGCUCCCCUCGAUUAUAGAUGUGUUUAAAUCAAAAGGUGCUAGUGUUCAUGCUGUUGGUGGGCUUUAUGAAAAACCUAUAGAAAGUGGAAAACAAGAUAAAAGUGACAAAGGCAACAAUCUAGUAAAAAAUGGAAAGAAUGGAGGAAAAAAUGUGAAAAACAGAAACUCUGCAAAGAAAGGGAAAAAAACUGUAUCAAAAGAAAAUUCUGCAAAACUAUUAACUAAAAAUAAAGGCCAGGCAAAAAAUGUGAAAAAGACAAGCAGCAAACCAAAAGCAUUGUCUGAUGUAGAAAAGGAAAAAAUUGAACAAAUUCGCAAACGUACUGGAAAAACGCUCACUCGCCAUCAGUUGAAAAAAUCCCUGUGGUAUGCUAAACAAAAGUUCAAAACAUAACGACAUGCCACAUGGUAAAAAACACUAGAACCCGUAGACCACACCUGGAGAUGGAAAGGAAAAUGCCAUUUAUUGUUAAAAAGGAGACUGAUAUGAUUGUGAUUAUAAGGAAUAUGAUUUUUAUGUAAAGUUGAAAUGUAUUGUGAUUUGAAUUGAUAAAUUAUUGAAAUGUUAUGAAUAGUGAAUGUGAUAAA